AGUUUUUUUUUGUUUUUUUUUCCUUUUUUUUUAUCCUAUGGCAUGAUAUCAAAUGCAUUACCAACCAAACUUCAAAUACGAUGUUUCCUUUCCCCUCGUCUAAAACGUGUCUUUGCCUGCUGAGUAUUGCUGCCUGCUAAUUGAGAUGAAGAAGCUCGAAAAACUACUAUUGUCCAAUGACCUGACUUCACAGAAAAAAGCCUUCCUCGUAUUGUGCAGAAUGCAUUACCUUACUUCGUCUUUGUUAAGCAGUUGUGUGGUGGUAUUGGUUGUUGGUUGGUCUUCAAUACAAAAAAACACAACUACUUUGUUUCCCCAACUUAACAGUGUCCUAUUGUGCACAAUAGCUAUUGUUGGACACCUUUCGUCCCACCUCUAUAUCACCAUGCCCGUAGAAUACCAAGGAAGGUUUUCGAUUGUUUCUUGCAAAGCUUUGUUGCCUCUUCAAACAAUCGAUAGGUAUUUUCUGCCGUUUAGAAGCAAAGCAGGCAAAGCAAAAGCAGAGCAAAUUCGAAAGAAACGGUAAAAGACUACUACGAACUCUACCUGCUCACUCAACCUCCAGAUCAACACUACCGACG